AUGUGUAACAAUUGUACAACCGACAAUGAAGGAAGUUUGUUAUGUUCAUUUAAAACCACUGAGAAGUGUGAUAAGACGUAUUAUGUGAAAGAAGAUGGCAGUGUUUGUGUCAAAAAUGUGUGUUCAGAAGGAAUAAAUAACGAAGAAAAUGGGAAGUGUGCACCACAAAUAGACAACUGUGUAAAGUAUGUGAAUGGCAAGUGUGUCGAAUGUUCUUUGGAUUACUCAUAUGAUGGCAAUAUGAGUUGUGUUGAGCCAUCAACAGUUGAUGUGAACUGUAAAACGGCAACUCCGAGUGGGUGUAUCAGAUGUGAUGGAAAUACCUUCUUAAAUGUAAUGACACACAAAUGUGAGGCGUGCAACUCAACUUGUGAAAGUUGUUUGGAUUUGACAAUGUGCCUAUCAUGUGUAGAUGGUUUCUUUUUGAGUGACCACAUCUGCAAAUCCAAUGACGCGUUGAAUGACACUUGUGCACGAAAAGUACCAAAUGGGAACGGCUGUUUGGUUUGCAAAGUUGGGUAUUAUAAGAAGGGAGCAGAUUGUGUGCUGUGUGAUGUCAAGUGUGGUGAGUGUAUGACAGAGAACUCGUGUAUUAAAUGUAAUGCAACAAACUACAAAACGAGUAAUGGCGAUUGUCUUCCGCGCUCUUCGAUAACGACGUGUGCAGUUGAAGUGACUGAAAGUGGCUGUUCGACGUGUAAAAACGGGUAUUACACAGUCAAUGGAAAUGAGUGUCAGAAGUGUGUUGAAGGGUGUGCAAAGUGUUCAGAACAAUAUCAGUGCACAUCAUGUGAUGACACAUAUGUGCUCAAAAACACCAGUUGUGUGAGUUAUGCCAACAUCACAAAGUGCACAAAAACAAAAGACUCAAAAUGUUCAUCAUGUACAUUUUGGUAUUCACCAAGUGACGAUGGCACAUUUUGUUCAAAGAAGGCAGUGUGGUGGGUGAUACUUCUAAUAAUUGUUAUUGUCAUUUCAAUUCCUGUGUUGGUCAUAGUGUUGGUCUUAUUUGUUAUGGUUAAAGUCAUAAAGCACAAAAGAGAUUCCAAAAAAAUCACACUCUUUAAAUUGGAGCACACCAACAUGAAAUUUGUCGAAAUGGCAGAUGGUUUGAUAAUUCACACCAAAAACGAAGACUUUUUGAUCACCGACGAUGACUGUGACGAAAACGAAAUUGAUGUUAACAAACAAAUCAAGAAUCUGUUUUCUAUUGGAAACACAACAAACUAUAAAGUCAAGAUUCAGUUCACUUCUAAAACAAAUGAGAAGUACUAUAUUUCAUUUAACCCACAGAUAAUUACAAUUCCUCCAAAUUAUGGGUGCGAGUUCAGUCUUUUUUUGACGCCACUGUGCAACUCGACUAUGGAAAGCA